CUUGGGUUUGAUUGCUCCUCCCAGUUCGAGCUCCAGUACUUUCUCUCUCUAAAACUUUUAGGGCAUCUCUCGAACACACUUUCUUCGAGUUUGAAGGUUCUUCUUUAAUCAUCAAGGUCUACACUGCAAGCAAUCCUAUUCGAUAGAGUAAAUGCAGGCAUCAAGAGCCAGGCUUUUCAAGGAGUACAAAGAGGUGCAACGAGAGAAAUCUGUGGAUCCGGAUAUCCAACUCUUGUGUGAUGAUUCCAAUAUUUUUAAAUGGACGGCUCUUAUUAAGGGACCUUCUGAAACCCCUUAUGAAGGUGGUGUGUUCCAGCUGGCAUUUGCAGUCCCAGAGCAGUACCCAUUGUUACCUCCUCAAGUUCGGUUUUUGACAAAAAUAUUCCAUCCCAAUGUGCAUUUCAAGACAGGAGAGAUAUACCUUGAUAUCCUUAAGAAUGCGUGGAGCCCAGCAUGGACUUUGCAGUCUGUUUGUAGGGCCAUCAUUGCCUUGAUGGCUCAUCCAGAACCUGAUAGCCCACUUAAUUGUGAUUCUGGUAAUCUUUUGAGGUCUGGAGAUCUAAGGGGGUAUCAGUCCAUGGCAAAGAUGUAUACUAGGCUUGCUGCCAUGCCCAAGAAAGGUUAAGUUCAUUGUAUCCAAAAAAGCAAACUCUAUGGAAGGCAAAUCUCACAUUGACAUGUAUUGGUUCUCGACCUUUGUCCAUUUAUCACAUUAUUCAGUGUUGAUGAUGACUUUGUGUCUUACCCAAAAGUAAAAUCAAUCCAAGUCUCUGUGUUUUCAAUUAA